CCUGUGUUUGUCACCUGAGUAGUUUUAUGUGUUCAGCUGUUAUAAAGAUGGAGCUGUACAUGACCCUUUUCACCUUAACCACCCUUCUCUCAACUCAUGCUGAAAUUGUACAUGAUUAUUUUUCAAUUCAUGGAUGCUCUUAUACAGACGAAGAGGGUAUGCAAGCAGUUGAUGGAGAGGAUAUGCAUGGAAUUGAUAAUGAGGAGAUGUGGCAUGCUGACUAUAAUCUGAAGACAGGAGUACUAUCAUUACCUGACUUUGGAGACCCUAUUACAUUUCCUAGAUUUUAUGAAACAAGUGUUAUUGAAAUGACAGGAUGCAAAGCUAAUAUAGUCUCUUUGACUAAAAUUUUUAACAGCCCACCACCAGAAAUGGAUCCACCACAGACAUCUAUAUAUCCAAAAGAUGAUGUUGAGCUGGGUGUUCAGAACACUCUUGUCUGCCAUGCGACUGGAUUCUAUCCUCCGUCUAUUAGAAUCUUGUGGACUAUGAAUAAUGUCAAUGUGACAGAAGGCAUUAGUUUAAGCCAGUAUCGUCCAAGGGUAGAUGGGACCUUCAACAUCUUCUCCACAUUUAGGUUCACACCAGCUGAGGGAGACAUUUACAGCUGCAGAGUGAUCCAUGAAGCACUUCUUGGUCAACCUCAGGCCAAAAUAUAUGAUGUUGAUGUUGCCAUCCCAAGUGUUGGACCAUCAGUGUUCUGUGGAGUGGCUCUGUCUCUUGGACUUUUGGGUAUCGUGACUGGAACUUUCUUUUUUAUUAAAGCAUUCAACUACAAUGUAGAUAUGGAAGUAAAUUGACAAACUGAUCAUUUUAAGUAACUGUGUAUUUUAAAACUGGGUUCAAUGUUGUUGUUUUGUUUGUUUGUUUUUUUGUUUUGUUUUUUACAUUUGAUGAUAUUCAAUUAUCAAUUUGCUAGUGUUUUGCUGUUUGCAUGUGUCACAGCUUAAGUCACAGCUCAUUUGAGCUCUCUCUGCAACACUGUAAAUAAAAAAACUUUUAAAAACACUUAGAUUCUACAGGAAAAUACAUUUUUUCCCACCAAAACAGUAAUAUUCUGUUAAAACAUUUUGGAUAAUAUUAUUGUUUUCAAGAAAGUAACCAACAGCAGAAAAACAAUAAGCACAAACGGUGCUUUCAGUUACAGCAUUAAAUAAAAUUAACUAAAAUAAAACCAUUUCAGUCUCAGCAGAGGAUCAUUAAACAAUUUUUCAGAGUAAAUAGCAGUAAACUGUAAAAUAAUCGAGCUCAGGAGAAGCUCAAAAUGGGCAGGUCAGCUCUAAGUGGCUGGGACUUGAGCUUCAAGUGGGUUGACCAAACCACCUGAAGUUUUCAUUGAUCUAUUUAAUGUCUUCUACACUGUAAAAAAUGUCUGCGAUUUUAACAGUAAAAGUCUGUACAAUCUAAAGUGAAAACCUAUGAAAAGAUUAACGGCUCAUUUCUGGACAAAACACAGAAAAUAACUGUGAUAGAUCUAACCUUGGUUUUCGAGUAAGUAACCGGAAUGUCUGAAAUUUCACCACACACCCUUAUUCACUAGUUCCUAAAUUAGUUAAUUAGUAUAUGUCUGCAGUCCUGACCUGUGUCCAAUAGAGAAUGUGUGGCACAUUUUAAAGCACAAAAAAAGAAGGUCCAGUUCUGUUGUUCACCUUAAACUUGUUUGCAGGAAGAAUGGGUCAAAAUUACACCUGAAAAACUUCAUCACUUGGUGUCUUCAGUCCCUAAAUGUCUUUUAAGUGUUGUAAAAAGGAAUGGCAACAAUACAAAGUGGUACAUGCUGAACUGUUCCAAUAUUUUAGAAAUUUGCUGAAAAAUAUGUUGUUGUUUUUUUAAUCACGAGAAAUACAUUAAACAAUGUUUGUCGUAUUGUCUGCAAUGAAAUACAAGUCUAAGUAAAUUUAGAAAUUGCUACUCUCAUUUAAUUGUAUUUUCCAUACUGUCCUGAUGUUUUCUGAUUUAGGGAUGUAAAACAUAUCAUGACCAUUAAAUAUUGGAAACUGUGGUGUUUAACAUGGACUGGAUAUUAUUAAUAAAUCUUCAUAAACAUGA